AGUCCUCUCUCUCUCCCUCUGUGCUCCUCUGACUUGUUUUGGAUUUUAUUUACAACACGUGGAGCCACGGGGAGAACUUUAUUUUUAUUUUCCCCUGCUGUCUGUCCAGUUUGUCAACAGUUUGCUGACUUCUUCCACACUGACAGCGACUCCACUCGCAGCUGUACUCCGACUUUCAGAGACCAUGUCCGCGGGAGGCCGCACCACCAAGAGCCGGGCUAUCCCCGCUGUCAGGCGGGUCGCUAUCCACGAUGCAGCGCACAUGCCCGUGGACUAUUCCACGACCCCCGGGGGAACUCUGUUCAGCACCACGCCAGGAGGAACCAGAAUCAUCUACGAAAGGAAGUUCCUCCUGCAGUGUCGGAUGUCUCCGUUGGCUCUCACGCCUCCAAAACUACCCGACAUCCCAGGAGUCACCACACCACUCAGACCCAACCAGUCCGUCCACAAGAAGCAGCCCGAGCGGACGCCCAGCAACGACGUCUCUGAGCAGAGCCUGGAAACGGAGGACAUGGCAGGAGAUGAUGCCCAGUUCGAAAUGGACAUCUGAUGAGAGUCGUCCACUGGGUUUUUAACAUAGUUAAGUGGCGGUGAAAAGACGGGCCUAGUUUUACUAAACUGCUUAAUCUUCUUUCAGAUUUAUUCUGGGGGGGGAAAAAACAUGUUUUUGUUUAUCUUUGUAAAAGCUAAUAUGUGACAUUCAAGUCACACAAGUCAGCGUUUAUUAACAUUCAUGUCUUAUGUGAUUUAACUCAUUAUGUUCAGUGUUAUACAAAUAUGUUAGGAACAGUUAGAGGCCAAAUCCAGUAUUUUCAUGUGUAAAAUGUAUUACAUUUUAUCUUAAAUUAACUGAAAAUAACCUUUUACUUACUAGAGUCUAGUGUUCUUAAACUGGUGGCCCGUGGACCACAUGUGGCCCCCUAAUCAAUCUCAUGUAGCCCGCCACUUCAAUGUCUCUUUUUGAUAUUUAUAAAAUUCCUUUUGCUUCAUAAAUGUCUUUUAUUCUGAAUUUUAUAUCUCGUUCUGUAUCAAAACAAACACUGUUAUUUUGAAAUGGUGCUAAUUUGUUACAGGCAUUCAAUACAAUCAAUAUUUUAGAUUUAGAAGUUAGACUUAUUUUCCCAUGGACUUUAAUUCAAACGGAAUGUUUUUGCAACCAGUAAGGUCGCCCCCUAGUGGCUGUUCAAUAUAAUUUGGGUUUUUUCCUGGUUGCCUGAAAGAAACUGGAAGAUUUCAUGCAUUCAAAAAAUGGGCAUUUAAAAUGUAUUCCACACACUAUUAAUUGUUUAAUUUACUGUUAGAUGUGCUUAUUGGAUCACUGACAACACAUUUUGUCAGUGAGAUGUUGAUAGAACAGGAAUUAUUGAAGUUAGAGACACAGCCAUAAAAUAAAAUAAAAAAAUCACUGAACUCUUUGUUCAAGGUAAGAAAUAAUUUAUUGUAAUACUGUACAUAGUGAACACAUAAAUGGAUCAAUGUGACCCAAACAUCUUAAUAAAGUUAAAGCGCUUGCUUACACCA